CUUUAUGGAACUUCUCAACCCUGCCCAUAUAAUUGUCAAUAAAAUAUUUUUAAAUUUUGUAUUAUUAAUUUUACACAAAGUUUUGUAUACUUAUAUAAAUAAUAAUAAACUGGUUAAUUUAAUAAUUAAAUUAUCUCCCAGUAUCCUUGUAAUUUUUAAUUUAAUAAAUUAACAAAGUGUUACAAAGAGCAUAAUCAAUACAUCGGGAGGAAAACACAAAAAAAAUCCAGCGAAAAAAGACUCAACAUUUUUUUUUUCCUUUUACAAAUGUCUUGAGACGAAAAAAAGUGAAAUAAUUUGUUUUAAUUAUAAAAAAAAAUUUUGUAUUAAUUACUAUUAAUUAAGGUCAAUAAUGACAGAACCAAUAAGCAAAAAAAUGAAACUUUUAAUUAAUAACAAAAGCAAUAAUGUGGAACUUGAUGAGAAUAUUAUCCCCGACAAUGAAACAAAAGACGAUGAUGAAUCGAAAUUUCCCUUUCCUGAUAAUUGUGAAACAUUUGGAAUGUUACCUGGUGUUGAUUUAUCCACAAAAUGGCAAUCAGUAACCGAUCGUUAUUUCACUGCAUUCUAUAAAAUUGACGUUACAAAACCCGGUGACGAUAUUUGCAUUCGUGUUCACAGUAAUCGAAUUUGUAUGAUUUCAUUGGCGCCAAGUCAUCAAAUUUUUCACACUCCAUCAUCAAUGAUAGUGAAUGUAAAUUUUCGUGUUAGUGAAAAAUUGGACAGAACAAAAAAUCAAGUUUCGGGAAAGGGAAAACGUGGUGCGCAACCACUGCAAGAAAAUUCGAAUAUUUGUUCAAUUACUUGCGAUAAUGGCGAGACACAUGUGAUUAAAUGUUGCAUGACUGGAAAAUUAGUCGAAGUAAAUGAAUCUCUAGCCAAGGAUCCUUCAUUGCUUCAUGAACCGCCACAUAAAGGUGGUUAUCUUGCAAUUGUAUUGCCAAAUAUUCGUCUUAUUGAAGAUUUAAAAAAGAAAUUAUUAAAUCAAGAAAAUUAUAACGCAGCGCUUGAGGAGCGUAGAAUAAAAUUAAAAUUAAACGAAAUAAAGGAGGAAACAAUUUCUGAAAUUAAAGUCGAAGGUUAAUUUUUUUUUUUUUGCUUUUCUUUAAAAUAUGUAUUGAAUAUAAUUUGUUUUAAAAUAUAUUUUAUUUUGACAAUAAAAAUAAAAGAAAACAUU